AUGAAACAAUUUUUAUUGUAUUAUUUUGUGUGUAUUCAAGCUAAUUAUAAUGGUUUUAAUAUUUUUCCAUUUAAUUCUACAGUUCUUUCAAUGUCCGAUACCUUAGAUUCAUUAAAAAUAAUUUCAUUACGAGGAGCUAAUUGGAUUGGUGUUAAUUUUUUUCUUCGACAAGAUAAAAAUAUCUCAAAUGAAAUAUAUUUUGAUGAAAGAACUCCAACUAAAGAUGUAUGGUCUAGUUUUAUAAAAGAAGCACAUAAAUAUAAUUUAUGUGUACUUCUUAAACCACUUGUAGUCUGUGAUGCUUUAUCGAUUGGAUUAGAAUUAAUACAAAUUUCUAAUCAAGAUUAUACAUUCUAUUGGAAAACAUUAAUUCGAACUAUUCGAUCAGGAGGUUAUUCAGGAUUAUUAACUUAUUGUUCAAUAUUCUAUCCAUUAGAAACACAACAAAUUCAAUUUUGA